GGAAGUUCCGUCGUUGGCCGAGGUAUUCCGAAUGGUUUUCAUUAGCGGGCGGAAUAUGUCGAUUAAUACUGAAAGUCAGUCAAGUAAUCUCUUACGAUUGUGAAAAUGGCGAUUUUAGAUGUUAACCAUUUUGGCUUUCGGUUUGUGAUCCUCUUCUUCAACUGUAUGCUCACGUUUGGGUCUUACUUUUGUUUUGAUAUGCCCAGCGUUUUACAAGACCAGUUUACAGAGCACAAUAACUGUACAAAUGGAACUGAAGAUUAUGAAAUAGGGAAUGAGACAUACCACUGCAACAACUGCACUGACUGUCUUGGGAUGACCCCAGACAACUACAACCUCCUUUAUGCCAUAUAUGCCUGGACCAAUGCUGUUGUUGUCAUUGGUGCAGGUUUUCUCAUUGAUAAGGUUGGAAAUAGAGUUGGUGUGUUUCUUUUCUCCUCUUUGUGUGUGUUGGGGUCCUGUGUGUUUGCUGUUGGUUGCAUGAUGAAGGGAACGUCAGCCAUGUUACCACUCAUGCUUGUUGGAAGGCUUAUUUUUGGCUCAGGAAAUGGAUCACUAACCAUUGUCCAGAACAAGAUAACAGCUUUCUGGUUUCGGAACAAAGAGCUUGCCAUGGCCUUUGGUAUCACACUCUGCUUUUCCCGGGCUGGAAGUGUGUUGAACUUCUUUUUCACUGAAAGUUUUUCUCAAGUUUAUGGACUAAACUGGACCUUGUGGGCAGGUGCGAUGCUUUGUGGUUUGGGUUUUGCAUCGGCCAUUAUUCUCAGCUUUCUAGACAUACAUGGAGUUAAACAGCUUGGUGAUGAUGCAGCCAUUAAAUCAGAGUCGAAAAAAUUGAAAUUCACUCACAUCCGACAUUUCUCACUUGCAUUUUGGCUGGUGGUUUUGUCCAUCAUGUUUUUCUACAACGGAGUCUUCCCAUUUGUUGCUGAUGCCAGUAAAUUUAUUCAGUACAAAUAUGGUUUUGAUGACAAAACAUCGUCUUACAUUGCUGGAGCUGUGUAUGAUGUGUCCUUGGUGUUGUCUCCAUUCUUGGGUGCAUUCAUAGAUAUUGUUGGAAAGCGUGGGUAUCUUGCUUCAUUCUGUGCUUUAAUGACAAUUCCAGUAUUUGGCAUUUUGGCAUUCUCCAAUGUGUAUCCUGCAGUUGCCACAGUCUGGCUGGGUAUCACCUAUUCCGUUGCAGCAGCAAGCAUGUGGCCAACUAUUCCGCUGGUCGUAGCCCAAGCUACAGUGGGUACAGCAAUGGGUCUGACAACAUCUGUCCAGAUGAUUGGCAUAGGCAUUUCUAAUCUGAUUGUCGGGCAAAUUCUUGGAAAGAGUCAGCACUUGGAGAAAGAGGAAGGCCUUAAGAGGUGGAAGUAUGUUAUGAUAUUCCUCCUUGCCAAUGUUCUAGCGUGUGUGGCGACAACAGUGGCACUUAGUAUCAAUGACAAGAGAACGAAUGGCAUUCUAAAUAUUAGUAAAGUAGAGAAAACACAGCGAGCUUUGCAGGAGGAAGAAACUAUUACUACAACAGAUGAAAAAUACGACUCGGACCAUGAAGAUGAUCCACUUUUACCUUCAAGGAAGAGACAUACAGUCAACUAGCUGGGUGGGAGGGAUCACCUCCUUAUAUAAUUGUUCUCCAUUGGCAAUAAAAUUGAUAUGUAAAAAAAGAAAAACUUUCAGAUUGUAUAUCAAGCAAGUUGCUUUGUACAGGGUCUGUAUCGUAACUAUUGCAGUUUCAUACUAAAGGUUAUGAGAAUGAAGAAUCAGAUAAAAAAUGUCUCGUUUCCUUUGAACUCUCAGUGAUUCAAAGUAAUAUAUCAAACAUGAUAAUCUCAUAAAUCAUAAGCAUGUUCAUCAGUUUUUAAGAACAUUUAAUAAUAUGAUCUGAAUCUUUGCCCCAACUAAGUAAUGUAUUUGAUUUGAUUAAGUGUGUGCCUUAAAUAACAAUUUGGGUUUGAUUAAUGUUUCACAGUUAGGGGAGAAUGGCACCUUGAUAGAAACAAGAAACUGUGAAUAUAUUCCAACUUCUAGUUAUGAUCUUUGUAAAUACAAUUUUUGUGCAUUAUGCAGUUUCCUUUGUGAACUGAUUGGAAAUGAUUAAUAACAUAAAACUUAUUAUUUUGAUGAGUUUCAUUUGCAUCAAUUCAAUACAUGUAUAUUAUGUUGGUUUAUUUUUUUACAUUUAAUACUUUGCAUCUACAUGGGUGGAAAACAAAGUCAAACUUGCAGUCUUUUUGCUUUAACAGGCAUCAAAUCAAAUUGCUAUGAAUUAUAUUUUAAGAUAUUAAACAAUGGCAACCUUUUGUAGAACCUUUACUUAAAAGCUGUGCAUGUAGACAUUGAUGAAAAUGAAAUGAAAUAUUGUUUGUAACUUGUUGAGUAUUUUGUAUCACUCAGGAAUGCUUUGAAAGCUAAAUUAUUUAUAUUUAUUGUCUCGAUUUUACAAAGUAAACAGACGCGAUAUAGUUAUUAUUUUUCCAAUGGCGACGGUGUCUACUUUUGUGUUAAAGUUUCAUGUUUAGAUGGGGUUUUUUCACAAACUAUAAUUCCUAGAUCAGUAAAACUUUGUUUAUAUGGAUGUUCAUUAAAGUGCUCUGAAAAAGUUUAUGGUAGACAAGAUAUUUAAUUUGAUGGAAUUCUUGUUUCUGUGUUAAAUAUCAGUCCAUGUUUAGAUGAAAAACUGUUUAUAUGAAUGUGGUUUCAUUAUAUUUGUUUUACAUUCCUAUAUUAAAUGCUGUAAUGAGCAUACAAGAAAAUAGUAUGGUGUUAAAAACGGGUUGUUUUUGUUUGGGUUUUUUUUCUUCCCUCCUUAUAACUCCUCUGCAGUAUGUGUAAUAUAUGCAUUAAAGUUUUCUGAAUGUCCAACACAAGAUGGUAAACCCAAACCUAGAUAUUUGUUUCUUAAAAACUCCUUGCAUUACAUUAUUUAGUACCACACUACUUGUGUCAUUAUAAUGAAUAUGAUUAAUGACACCCCAACAUGAACAGGGAGUUGGGGGUGGAAUCAGCUUUUGGGUAGUGUGAUUUUCAAUACAAUGGUAAACUUCUCAAAUAUUUUCCUACUUAGUUUUCAUAUUUGUUUUGUUUUUUUCACCAGAAAUGUUUGUGUAUUUUGUUCAUAUUUUUGUAACAAAGAUUAAAAAUCUGAUUUA